UUAGAAGACAGUACUCUAACAAAGCUACCUAAAAUGACUGGUCGCGGUAAAGGAGGAAAAGGACUCGGAAAGGGAGGCGCUAAGCGUCAUCGCAAGGUUCUUCGUGAUAACAUCCAGGGUAUUACUAAGCCCGCCAUCCGUCGUCUGGCGCGUCGUGGAGGAGUAAAACGUAUCUCCGGUCUGAUCUAUGAGGAAACCCGAGGUGUGCUGAAGGUUUUCCUGGAAAACGUUAUCCGUGACGCUGUCACUUAUACUGAACACGCAAAGCGAAAGACCGUCACCGCCAUGGAUGUCGUCUAUGCCUUGAAACGCCAGGGACGCACUCUGUACGGUUUCGGCGGCUAAAAAAAUCAUCGAACCGCAUAUAUCAAACGGCCCUUUUAAGGGCCAUUAAGUUUGUUUAUUUAAGAGUUCAUUUGAAUAUUCUCCAAUAACUUGAGGCUACUUUCAAGUUUCUACUAUUUU